CUUUGAGAGUACGAUCGACGUACGAGUGUGAUUGUGAGGGAGUGUUAACGAGAAAAGUUAAUUGAACUAGUAAUUCCGAGGGCGAAGGGUCAUUGUGAGAUUGAAAAGAAUCGGAAGGGAAGAAAGUGGAAGGAAGUGAAAGGGGGAUUUUGUAAAUGAUUCGUCUGGGAUAGAGUGCUCCUGACGGAGUAUCCUUUCGUCGAAAGAGAAGUUCUAUUAGGAUAAUUGGCGGAAUCACAAGAACAAAACACCAGGAGGAUAAGCAAGGCUCGUUGAUCGAAGAAGAACACGUUAGAGGACACGAUCUUCCACUGCACCUGUCGUUCGAUCGUUUGCGCUGAACGUAUCGAUUCAACGGAAUUGGCAGUAUGUAAUAAACAGAAAAACGUAAUGGAAACGGAAGAGCGAUGUUGUUUGUGAAACUGGAAGCUCGAUCUGGAUAUUCAUUUAAUCCUGCCUAGUACUCGCUAGUACGGGCGUAGAAUGUUGCUACGUUGAAUUCUUUGCACGACAGCACCAGUUCGAUAGCCGGGACACGACCUUUAAUCAACAAUCCAGUUUUAUCGUGAGGAAUAAAAGGGUGCAUGUCGGCAUAUGGCUAAACAUCAGUCGUUUGAAUGGACGAAAGGAACUUUUUUCAAAAAUCGUCGAGGAUAUAUGUACAUUUAUAUCUGGAUCGUCGCGGUAAUCUCGCGUGUUUUAUCCCAUUGUGCCGUGCCGCGUCGUGAAAAUCAGUGUUAAGCGGUGGGUGAUAAUAAGUGGCCCACCGUUUCGAAUGAAGUGGUUUUAGGAUGAUGGUGGAGCGUGUCGAGGAUCAUCUCUUCAUGUAUCGACGCCCUGUCUAUCGCGUCUUCCAGUACCUCGAAACGACCGACCAUGAGGGGAUGAGCACUGGAGCAGGAGAUGGAGGUGGCGGCGGUGUCGGAGGUGUCCAAAGCAGCGGUGGUGGCAGAAACACACCGCCGCAUGGCUCACCCACUCCUAUGGAUAAGGCGACCUUAAAAGUCCAUCUCCCUAACGGUGGCUUCAACGUUGUCAAAUUCGGCGAUGCAAUUGACGUUAGAGGUAUUAUUUCUUUAGUAACUAGUCGAUUGGCUGUUGGUACUAGACACUAUCGAAAUUUGUACGCGAUGAGAUUGCACCAUCCUGGAUCCGGAGAGAGUUAUUGGUUGCAUCAGGAUACAACAAUGUAUCAGGUACAAGAAAAAUAUGAGCGGAAGCAUCCACAUUGCGAAUGGAGAUAUGAGCUUCGAGUGCGUUAUCUUCCUCAGAACUUGAAUGAUCUUUACGAGAAGGACAAAGUCACGUUUUAUUACUAUUACGAUCAGGUACGAAAUGAUUAUUUGCUCGCGAAUCACGCUUCUCUGGAUCAGGAUAUCGCGGUCCAGCUCUGUUGCCUAGAGAUUCGCUAUUUUUUCAAAGACAUGCCGCAAAUCGCUUUGGACAAGAAGAGCAAUUUGGAAUACCUCGAGCGUGAGGUUGGUCUACACAAAUUCUUGCCACGCUCCGUACUGAACGGGAUGAAGCCGAAGGCACUUCGAAAAUUGAUACAGCAACACUUCAAAAAAGUCGCGGCGUUGUCCGAACUCGAGUGCAUGUUCAAAUUCUUCGAUUUGCUACGAGCACACUAUCGAUUCGACCAAGAAAGAUUUAUAUGCGCCUUGGGGUCAAGUUGGUCAAUACCUGUAGAACUAGUCAUCGGACCGGAUUUAGGUAUAUCUUAUAUGGCUCAUCGAGGCGGAACAGUGCCAACGAGGAUGGCGGAAUUUUCACAAAUACAAUCCAUCCAAACAUUGGUAUCAGAUUGCAAAGAACAUGCGAAAGCAUGUAUUAAAUUGAGGGUUGCGGGUGCCACGGAGACUCUUAGUAUUACUUGUUCCAGUCUGGAUCAAGCAGAAAGUCUCGCGGACUUAAUCGAUGGAUAUUGUAGAUUGGUCACAGGUAGCAACACUUCGUUAUGGAACAGGAAAGCUGGAUCGUGGAAAAAUUAUCCCUGUCCAUGCAAAGAUGCACAGCCGCCGAAAUAUAGACAAGACGGUACUAAUAGUACAGCGGAGAAGAACGCUAAAACAGGAACUAUUUUGUCUGAAGAUUACGCCGAAAUCGUCGACGAAGAAGGAGAUUAUUCGACACCAGCUACUCGUGAUUACGAGAUAGUCCGAAAUCAAGUAGAAUUAGGUGAAAUCAUAGGGGAAGGUCAAUUUGGUAACGUUCAUAAGGGAUCAUAUAAGGGAAGAGAUGGACAAACCAUCGCUGUUGCUGUUAAAACCUGCAAAGUCGAUGCAGAUCUUGCCACUGCCGAGAAAUUCCUUGAAGAAGCUUAUAUUAUGCAACAAUUUGAACAUCCGCACAUUAUUAGAUUGAUUGGAGUUUGUUCGGAGGCGCCAAUUUGGCUUGUAAUGGAAUUAGCUAGACUCGGAGAAAUGCGUGCUUACCUACAGUCUAAUAAACAUCGUUUAGAUCUUGCCACACUUUUAUUGUAUAUCUUUCAAUUGAGUACUGCCCUUUCAUACCUCGAAAGCAAGAAAUUCGUGCACAGAGAUAUCGCUGCGAGAAACGUGCUGGUUUCAUCACAUAGCUGUGUCAAAUUGGCGGAUUUUGGUCUUAGUAGAUGGGUAGAAGAUCAGAGUUAUUAUACUGCGAGUAAGUGUAAGUUGCCAAUUAAAUGGAUGGCACCGGAAAGCAUAAAUUUUCGGAGAUUUACGACUUCAUCCGAUGUUUGGAUGUUUGGUGUGUGUAUGUGGGAGAUUUUAAUGUUAGGUGUAAAACCAUUCCAAGGUGUGAAAAAUAAUGAAGUGAUACGCAAGCUAGAGAACGGAGAGAGACUUGCACUUCCUAAUCACUGUCCACCGCGAUUAUACUCUCUAAUGUCUCAGUGUUGGAGUUACGAACCCAGUAAAAGGCCGACAUUUAAAGAGAUUAGAGAAACUUUACAUGAGAUUUUGUUAGAAGAGAAACAUCAACAACAAGAAACAAUGAGACGAGAGAACAGAAGGGUACAAGCUAUGUCCUGGGGUGCAGACGAUGUACCGCCACCAAAACCUUCCCGGCAACCGCAAAAUACAACAGAGCAGUCGCAGUUAUCCGCGGCGCCGGUAUCCACGUACAUCGUAGCACAGAGUCCCGAGGUGCUCGCGCAACUUCUCAAGGACAACCAAGCCAGAGGGGUAUGUCCCUCCGUGUACACAACACCCGCGUCUCCUUUCAACACCCUAGCGGUGCAGUUUCAGGACGAGGAUCAAGUCCUAACUACUGCCGUCGUAUCCGACCUGCCUUUCUUCGACCCCGCACUUUCCGAACCGACAUCCAUCGCAACGCACAUCACUCAGUCGGAUGGUGAUUCCAACAUUUUCGACACCAACCUAGAUUCCCUUGAUUCCUCGGAUAACAUACCUCUCAUGUCGAGUCUGAGUAUUUCAGACACAAUAGUGCAGACACAAUCGCCCGCCGCCAACCGAAAGCAGCAGAAGGUUAAAGAGAUGCAAAACUUGUAUGCGGUUAGUUCAAAAGUGGUCGGUAGUAUCAUGGGAGACUUGUACUCCCCUGUGCAAAAGUUCUCUAUGUCCAGCACCGUUCCGCCGCCACCUAUGGCUACAUCAGUCGUGUCAACCGCGGUCGCGGCCAACACCUGCGGCGAGAUAUACGGACCGGUCACUAGCUUCACCCAAAGCUCGGCUAUCGUUGGUAAUCUCAGUCAAAGCGCAAGUUUAGGUAUUGAUAAUCAUGGUGAUAAUUCCGGGAACUUUGAUCCUAGUAGUUUGGGUGACAAUAUCAUGAUACCGAAUAGUUAUAGCCAAGCACUCGUCGCAAGUGGCUCGUAUGUUUCAAGCCAACCGAUUAAUUACGGUAAUUUUGCAGUUAGUAGCAACAUGAGCCAGGUACUUAGUAGUGGUAGCGAUCAAUCUACAAGUCAGAAUAUGAACAAUAUACAGAUUGCUGGCAACAAUAAUGGUGGUGAUGGUGAUGGUGAUGGUAAUAUUAGCGUUUACGCUCGUAAUAUUAGCUCGGCGAAUGUAAGUAGUUCUGUGUUGAAUGCAGAAUGUUUAUAUGGUCCGGUAUUAAAAUUCCAUGCGCAAAAUGCUCAACCGCAGUUGGUCGUAGCCGCAAGCGCGGCUACAACUGAAUUGAAACCUAUUGGUGUAACAACUGGAAAUUACGUUCAAACCGGAAGAAGUAAUCUGGUAGCACAGAAUUUACAAUCGCAACCAAUAUAUCCGCAGAAUUAUUCACAUCAGCAAAUCUAUUCGAAUAUCGCACAAUCGGGACAGCAGCCUACGUAUCUGUUACAAAUGCAGCGCAUGCAGAAUACCCCGCGGCAGAAUGCCAUUUCCCAGUCCUUGUCAUAUGCAGCGAUACAACAUACGAAUCAGCAAUCUCAGUUUACCAGUACCAGUCCUGUUUACACAGCUCACGCUACAUCCGUGUCAGUGGUUCAAGCGCAAAAGGUGCACAUGCCAAAUUACGCUCAUCAAGUUCAGUCUGGAAUUAGCAUUCAAUCAACGCCUUGUCAAGCAACCGGUAUAAAUCAAUCGGCAAGUGUUGGGAUAAUGCAAGCUUCUUCCGUACCGUCACAUUUUGUCAUGUCAUCCUCGGCGACUCAACAAAAUAUCCACCCGAUUCCAUCCACUUACUUAGUAAAUCAUCAGCAACCGAGUUCCCUUGGUCUAAUAGAUUAUACCCAAGCGCACAUUAACGUCGGCAGUGUAAUGACAAGCAGUGUGCAUGCAAUGACGACCGGUGCGUAUCAGCAAAUAGCGCAAUCUCAGAUGACUAGUAGCAUUGUAAAGACAAAUAUACCACAAAUUACGACGAGCAUGGCCAAGAUCACAACAUUCAUGACAUCGCAAAAACAGGAUGAACAAUUGACGAGCUCGACCGACGGCACUCUUUCCGGUUCUCUAAUUUCUUCCGCUGUCAGUGAUAGCACCGUGUCGUCUAGCAGUUCGAUGACAGAGGAGGCACAACAAGAUCAGAGGAACAUGCAUUCACAAUUGUUCGAUAAUUUGUCGGAUAAUUUCAAUAGCGGCAUUGACGAUGAACAAAAAUUACUGGAGCAACGAUUGUUGGAGCAACAACGACAGUCUGAAGAGGACAGUCGCUGGCUCGCAAGGGAAGAGAAACGUUUAUCAAUUGCUACGAGUGGUGAUGAAAGUGCUAGUCCCCCGAUUCCACGAUCAGUUACUCAAUCACCAAGUCAUGAACCGCAUUCUACUAAUAUUGGCUCUCUUGGUUCCGACAAGAGUUCCGAUAAAAUAAUUGUAGUAAAGAAAAUGGAACCCACACCCACUGCAGAUUUAGACAGAACUAAUGAUAAAGUAUAUGAUUGUACGACAAGCGUUGUUCGUGCAGUUAUGUCACUAUCGCAAGGUGUUCAACAGAGCAAGGCUGAUCAGUAUUUAGAAUUAGUACGUAGAGUAGGUAUCGAAUUAAGAGCGUUGCUAUCCUCCGUGGAUGCUCUUGUAGAAAUAUUACCAAUAUCUGCGCAUCGUGAAGUAGAAAUGGCGCAUAAAGUAUUAAGUAAAGAUAUGGCGGAGCUUGUGACUGCUAUGAAACUGGCACAAAAUUAUAGUGCCACUACUUUAGAUGCUGAAUAUCGGAAGGGAAUGCUUUCUGCAGCUCAUAUCUUAGCAAUGGAUGCAAAGAAUCUCUUAGAUGUAAUUGAUUCCAUCCGUAUUCGUUAUCCAUACGUGGACAGUCAGAUUUGUCAAAAGCAAAAUGAUGUUAACAGAACACAAGAUUCUACAGCCGAGAAUCGCAUUCGUUCGAGUCAAUCGGGCGAUCAUUUUCUGAGAAGAAGUCAGUCGACCGAACGACAAGGAACGAACUUUAGACAAAGUCAAAGCGGUGAUUUAUUGCACAGAAUGGGUCAGUCAGUCGACCAAUGUUCAUCGGGAAAUCAGUCCGACUUCAAUUCCAGCAGUAGUUUAGAAAGAAGACAUAAUAUAGUAACUAACAGUCUUGAACGUAAUUCAACAACAAGAAAACAAAUUGCCACUAAUAGUCUAGAAAGAAAGAGACCUUCAUUAACAUGUAAUAUAGGGCCUACGAAUAACUCUGUUAAUUUGAUGCCUAUGGUACCAGUCACUUGCAAUUUGGUGCAAACUGUAAGUCCCGUUAUACAUCCGAGUCAAUCGAUUACAACAGGCGUUAAUCAGCAGAUGGUGUUUACGGCCAACAGUAAAGCAACAAAUGAGACUUCGAUAAAUGACAGUUAACAACGAGGUGCCUUGAAUUAAGGACUACUUCGGAUCAUUACUUAGUGUGUAUAUAAAUAGGCGAUAUAUUACCAAGUUAUCCGUGUGUACACAUCUACACUUCAAUAUGUUAACAACGGGAGAUCUAGUAUUUAUGCUUUUUUAGCUCUUUUUAACAUUUCAUGCAAACAUUUUAUCUAAACAUACUUCUAUAUAGGACAGUAUUCAUUAAUUGUAAUAGUAGAAUAGGAAGUUUAUCACUAAAGUAUUUAAGUCACAGCUAUAAUAAAAUCACAACUCCAAA